CUGUUCGAGUUCACAAUGCCGUUCAGGCCUGCGAACAGCUACGAUGCGGACAACAAAGUUUGGAGUGGUGCUAGACAAAAAUUGCAUUUUGCAGCCGAUCUAUCGAUUGGUCAAAUUAUAUUUCAAGAGAUGCGACGACAUCCUAAUCUGGUAGCUCAAAUCUCCCCAACGGAAAACACCAGGCUGACCAGGGAGGAAUUGCUUUUGAAUUCAAUGCGCGUGGCAAGUUAUCUGAGGCAGUUGGGUCUGCAGCAAAGCGAUAUAGUUGGAAUUAUCGGUAGAAACACCACGCAUAUGUUCGCUGUGGUCUAUGGCUGCUUCUUCAAUGGCAUUGCCUUCCAUUCACUGAACAUGACGUAUGAGCAGUCAACGAUCGAAAAGCUUUUCAAUAUAACCAAACCUCGUGUCAUUUUCUGCGAUGGUGAUGAAUACGAAAAAGUGAAGUCGGCCACAGUCGCGUUGAAUGUGAAGAUUGUGACAAUGCGCAAUCAUCCAAGUGGUGCGCUCACCAUUGAGGAGAUUCUAAAAACUCCCAUUGAGCAGAACUUUCAGCCUGCGCAGCUGGAGCAGGGCAACAAUCAAACGCUCGCUAUUCUCUGCUCUUCAGGCACAACAGGCAUACCAAAGGCGGUGACAGUAGCCAACAGUCGAAGGUCCAUUAAUGACAACUCUCAACUCACCACUGCCGACGUGCAGUUCACCCAUAGCACGUUGGAUUGGCUUUCAGGUCUGACGGUUGCAAUUACAUCGGGAGUCUAUAGCACUACGCGCAUUAUCAUCGAUACUCCAUACGAUCCCGCAUACUUUCUGCGUCUUAUUGAGGAGUACAAGUUGACUUGGGUGGUUCAAACUUCCUCCCAAUUGGCAAUGACUACAAACUGCGCAGAGUUUGCAGCUUCCAAUUGGCAAAGCAUGCGCUGUUAUUUCUAUGGUGGCGGCACUUGCUCAGUCCAAGCGCUGCAAACUCUGCGCUCCCAUUUGGGUCGGGACUGCUUGCAUCUUAUUUAUGGAUUUACAGAGGCAGGUGCAGUAGUUGCUGUGAAUUGGCAUUACGAUGAGAAGCCCAAUUCCUGUGGUCGUCUAGCUAAUGGCAUUCAAGUUAAAAUACUUGAUGAGCAGGGCGUUGCUCUGGGUCCCAAUGAAACGGGCGAGGUUUGCAUUUACCACGGGGAAUACUGGGCGGGGUAUUACAACAAUCCAGAGGAGACGCGUCAGCUGCGCGACUCGCAGCUUUGGUAUCACUCUGGCGACUUGGGUUACAUGGAUGACGAUGGAUUUCUGUUCAUUCUGGAGCGCAAGAAGAAUAUGCUCAAGUAUCAGAAUAUUAUGUACUAUCCGCAUGAAAUCGAAGAUACUAUAGCGAAAAUGCCUGGCGUAUCCGAAGUCUGUGUAUUUGGAGUGUGGAAUCCAUUAGCCGGAGACGAAGCUGCAGCUGCUGUGGUGAGGCAGCAAGGCGCCAAGAUUCAGGCAGAGGAUGUUGUAAACUAUGUCAAGGAGCAUACAAGCGCUAGCUACAAGCAUCUGCAUGGGGGUGCCUUGAUUAUGGAUGAACUGCAGCAUAGCGCCAAUGGCAAAACUAAUCGCAUAGCAACUAAAGCUUAUUUCCUUAAGGUUAAGGGAAUUAAGGAAUAAAGGGAGUUUCCAAUAAUGUAAAUAAAUUAAUAUAAACUUCA